UAGCGCCUUCUACCUUUCUUCGUCUACGGCCUCGUUUACUCAGUUCACAAAGCUGGCUCACAGCAAGGGAGAUACCGGCGGCGACGCCGGCUUACUAUUCCAUGGCAGCAGCACCAGCAGCGACAAAGCUGUUGUCAGCAGCAAGGCGGUGGUGGAGGAGCUGUACAGCGCGGUGGAGCGCGGCGACGCGGACACCGUGCGGCGGCUGCUGAACCCGGACGUGGACUGGUGGUUCCACGGCCCGCGCGCGCACCAGCACCUGGUGCUCAUGCGGCUCCUCACCGGCGGCGCCGGAGCCGCCCCCGGCAUCCCGUUCAUAGUCCGCACGGUCGACGCCUUCGGGUCGACCGUCCUGGCCGAGGGCACCGACGCGACGGGGUUGCUGUACUGGGUGCACGCUUGGACUGUUGGUCCCGGCGGGCGCGUAACGGAGGUGCGUGAGUACUGCAACACGGUGCUCCUCGUGACCAGGCUCGGCCGUGCCGCGGAGGAGACGACGGCGUACUCGCAGCCGCCGUCGCAGCACGUGUGGCAGAGCCGGCUGCCGGACCACGCUCGGAGGAAGCUCCCUGCCCUCGUGCUCGCCAUCUGAUUCUGUUCUGAACUUCUGAUCACUCCUCCAAUGGAUCUUUGCUGAUGACAUGUGAUCUAGUUGGUCCAUGUGCUCUCUAAGCUGUACGUUACAACGAUUAUAUAUGCUGUAGCAAUUUUUGCUCGAAAAGUAUUAAAUUUGUCUCUUGAAACAGCC